GAUGAAACCCUUGGUCUUGCAUCAGACUCCGAAGCCUUCAAGACCUCAUUCCAGAUUACCGACAGAACGAGGACUAUCUGGUUAUCUGAUCGUACUACGCAUCUAGCCUGAUUGUAUUGCCGGUUUCUACACUCAGUCAUUGCGGCUUUCCGUUGCCAUUGGCUCGGCUGAAGAGACUGUAUCGCUGCCCUCGUGACCUCCACUGCCGAGGAAGCGACUCCCAGAAGCCCGCAAUAUGGCGCGAGACAGAGACCCGGACGUUCCCCAGCCAGGACCAGCACAACUCACAUCGAAAGCCGGACCAGACGAAUGGCUCUGCCAGGCAAAGCUAUGCCGCUACCUCCCCGAAGCGGACAUGAAGCGCUUAUGCGAGAUCGUCAAAGAGUGCUUGAUGGAAGAGAGCAACAUCGUACCCGUGCAAGCACCCGUCACAGUCUGCGGCGACAUUCACGGGCAAUUCUACGACCUGCUGGAACUGUUCAAUGUCGCUGGCGGGAUGCCAGGCGAAGUAGAGGAGAAGGCAGCGCGGAGCGCCGCGGCGAAGGUAAGCGAGUCACCUUUAUCGGCGAAGAGUCCCAACCGGACAGGCAGCGGCAAGGCGGCUAUCUUCAGCGCGGCGGAUCUUGAGCCCCCGACACAGAUAAGUGACCCGAAAGUGAGGAAAAAGAUGAAGAGGAGGUUCCAGAGGGACUCGGCGUAUACGUCUGCGGCGUCGAAUGAUGGAUCUGAGUCGGGAAACGGAGAUGACGAAGACGAACCGCGAGGCAGGGGAAGAAGUAGGAGUAUGGGACAGGCCGAUGACGAGGAGGAUGAGGACGAAGAAGGGUCGGAUGAUAGUGGCGUUGGCGUGAGGAGUCCGGGGCCGAGUCGAAGUAAGAGCGUGGCGAAGACGGACUAUGCGAAUGGAAAGCAGAACUUCAUCUUCUUAGGCGACUUUGUUGAUCGGGGUUACUUCUCGUUGGAGACUUUCACGCUGCUUAUGUGUCUCAAAGCCAAAUACCCGGACCGAGUCACGCUCGUCCGCGGCAACCACGAGUCUCGCCAGAUAACGCAAGUGUACGGCUUCUACGAGGAGUGCCAGCAAAAGUACGGCAACGCUUCCGUAUGGAAGUCUUGCUGCCAAGUCUUCGAUUUCCUCGCCCUCGCCGCAAUCAUUGACGGUAAAGUGCUGUGUGUACACGGCGGCCUUAGUCCGGAGAUCCGAACACUGGACCAGAUCCGCGUCGUGGCGCGAGCGCAAGAAAUCCCGCACGAGGGCGCGUUCUGCGAUCUCGUGUGGAGUGACCCGGAGGAUGUAGAUACGUGGGCCGUUUCGCCGCGCGGAGCGGGAUGGCUCUUUGGGGACAAGGUCAGCUCGGAGUUCAACCAUGUCAAUGGCUUGCAGCUUAUUGCACGUGCGCAUCAGCUCGUCAAUGAAGGCUACAAGUAUCAUUUUGCGUCGCAGGACGUGGUCACCGUAUGGUCAGCGCCCAACUACUGCUACCGAUGCGGUAAUGUGGCGUCUAUAAUGACACUGGGCGAAGAUCUAAACCCAGACUUCAAGAUCUUCAGUGCGGUGCCGGAUCACAGGCGUGCAGUUCCGGCAGGAAGAGCCGGCAGAGGGGAGUACUUCUUGUAAAUUUUGGGGCUCAUUGGCGGGGCGACAUCAAUGGUUCUGUAUGCGGAUACGAGGCUGGCGUGACGAAAGUUGGCGUCUUGUAUAGUGUUGCUACUCGACAUGAUACCCGCAUCUGCUGCUCGUGGCGUUGCGGUCAACCUCAACCAUGACGUGCUCGAUCAUUGUAUAUGCAUUCACCGUUCAUGAUGGUCAAUACGCGUCCAAGUCACCCG